CGGCUGUGGUCUGCUGCCCGUCUGCGACUGGUACUGGCCGCCAGUGCUCUGUGUCGCCCUUCCCUGUGUCGACUGUCCUCUGUGUCGGUCUGCCACACCAUGGCACCAUCCGGCGUCUCCGUUCCGCUGGUGCUGGUGCUGUUGUUGGUGCUGGUGCUGGUGUCAGCGCCGGCAGCGGCGCAGCGCUGUAACCGAGAGCCCCCCGACCGGAACACGGCUAAAACGGCCGGAGGGGGCGGCUUCCGGAUUAAGUUCAGCGGCGGGGUCGACACGUACACACCGGGAACAAUCUACACUGUGAAGCUGAUGGGCUGGAGGACGCAGUACCUCGCGGAGAAGUUCACCGCCUUCAGUCUGGUGGCGGAGAACUCGCGGACAGGCGGCUCCUCGGUGCGAGACGCCGGCUCUUUCCAGGUGUUCGGCUUCGGGCUGGCCAAGUUCGACCCCAACUGUCCCAACAUGGUCACCCAGACGUCCACCGUUCCCAAGACCGAGGCCGAGGUGCUCUGGAUGGCACCGCGGGCCGGUGCCGGCUGCGUCACCUUCAAGGCCGUCGUGGUCCGCUCCCGCUACGUGUGGUAUAUGGAUGACGAGGGACUGACGAAGGAAUUGUGCGAGGAGGGCUCCAGUCACCGACCGCCGCGGCAGCACCAGCAACAGGAACAGAGCCACCAGCAGCAGCAACAACAGGCCGAAGGCACCUGCUGCGCCUGUGACGAGGCCAAAUACGAGCUUCGCUUCGACGGCCUGUGGUCGCGCGAGUCCCACCCGAAGGACUUUCCGCGCAACGAGUGGCUAACUCACUUCAGCGACGUUCUGGUGGCGAGUCACGUGCCUGAUGUCAGCAUGUGGCAGGAGGGGGAGCCAGCCUCGGACGGGCUCAAACAGGUGGCCGAGUACGGCUACACCAGGAAACUCGAACAGGAGAUGAAGGUCAAGGGGCGAGCGUUGCGGACCCUGACUCGAGCCAAGGGUCUGUGGCAUCCGAACGUCCAGGGCACUACCGCUGUCGACUUCAAGGUGGACAAGAAGCGUCAUCACUUUUCUGCAGUCACCAUGCUAGGGCCGUCCCCGGACUGGAUUUUGGGGGUGUCGGGUCUGAACCUCUGCCUCAAGAACUGCUCCUGGAUGGAGGAGAAGGUCAUCGACCUCGGACUGUAUGACGCCGGAACCGACAGCGGCAUCAGCUACGAGUCUCCGAACGCUCCUGAGGCGGAGCGGCAGCCGGUUCGCGCCAUCACCGCUGAGUGGCCUGCCGACCCGCGCGCGCCCUUCUUUGGCGCGCCGGCGGCACCCGUGGCGCGCAUCACCCUGACCCGGACCCGGGUCAUCCCCCGCAGCUGCGACCAUCAGCCGGACGUGGGACGGCACACAUCGGGAGCAGACGACCUGCCUCGCGAUGACCGACCCGAGUGUAUGGUAACUCCGUGGAGCGACUGGUCCGAGUGCUCUGUCACGUGUGGGGAAGGACUGAGUAUGCGCACCAGGGAGUACAAACUACCCGCAAAGGCGCAGAUGAUGAAUUGCAAACAGCAACUCGUCGAAAAGGUGCUGUGUGACGCCCCGCUGACGUGCGACGGCCGGCCACGGCCCGUGUCAGACCACUCCGGACUCGGGGAGCUGAGCGGCCUGUGCGCCAUGAGCUCGUGGAGCGCCUGGUCGCCGUGCUCGGUCACCUGCGGCCAGGGCUUCAGGAUGCGGAGACGGAACUACCUGGACCGUAUGGGCAGGAAGAAGUGCUUCCACGACACAGAAGAGAAGGAGAAGUGUAUGGCGGUGCAGGCCGAGUGUCCGGAGACAGAAGAGGAGGAGGUGGACAGCGCCUGCCCAGUGACCGACUGGAGUUUCUGGUCGCCGUGUUCAGUAACCUGCGGCAGCGGACAGCGGGUUCGGGCCCGGCUGCUGCUGCUCCCGGAGCGCGAGCAGGCCCAGUGUCAGCACGUGCGGCUGAUGGACAAGGGUCCCUGUGAGGCGGCCAGAAGGAGCUGCACCCUGGACAUGAUGGAGGCUAAACGUGUGUGUAUGCUGCCUCGAGAGAUGGGCCCUUGUCGCGGUAACUUCGAGCGCUGGUACUUCGAGCCGAUGAAGGGCAUGUGCGUGAGGUUCGUCUACGGAGGCUGCCGCGGAAACCAGAACAACUUCGAGACGUUUGAGGACUGCCAGACAUCCUGCUCAGUGGUGGCUGGCGGCGGCGGCGGCUCCCCUGCCGCCCAUAACCUGGUGUCGACUGCCCCCGAGCCUGUGGACUGCAUGGUCACCCCGUGGCUGCCCUGGGAGCCCUGUGACCGCACCUGUGGCCGCCGUGGCUCCGGCAGACAGCGGCGCGUCAGACGCAUCAAGGUCCACCCGAGGAAUGGGGGCCGUCGGUGUCCCCGUCGCAUGGAGCGUUAUCGACGCUGUCGUAACCUGCCACCCUGUAUCUAAAAUCACCCGACAAACAGCGCUGUGGAGUCAGAACGUGACCGUGAGGGAACAGCGUCGACAUGCCAGCACAUUCGUCCGUGCGCGCCCAGUAAACAGGCGACUGAGACGGCAAACUGUGAAGAACGAGGAUGAUUGAGAAACAUGACCAAGCGCAAGUCGCGCGCGUGAUAGGCGAUCUUUUUUCAUAUGUAGGUACUUCGGGUCUUGCUAGUUGGCUGUAUAUGUAAUUCAUUGCAAUGCUGCAUUUGAUUAUACCUACGUCAUAUUCAUAUACCAAGAUGGCAACAGCUACAAGCUUGCAAGCUCUAGAGUAGUGGCGAACUGUCGAAAACAAUGACGACUUCUACGGUUUAUGGUAAUGCGACGCAAGACGCAACAUUAACCGCACGUUUUUUUAUGAACGGAGAGGUGGUUUACUGCGUGACUUAACCCUCGCACGACCAGGCCAUUUCUCAUAACACGAACGACCAGGGGGGGGGGGGGGUUGUUACGACCCCCCCUGGCGUUUCGAAACGGAAGGUCGUAGAGCUUAGCGGAAAAAACCAACGGAUUGCUCUCAACGAGAUCUCGCGAUUGGUGGUAUAUUUUUUGGUCCUAGGUCAACAUUUGACCUACUUAUGACCGGUCAAAGGUCAAAUUUUCCGAAAAAAUCAAACUUUUUUCAACUUUCCGCGGCGAUUGCGGCAAAACGGUGGGAGAUAUCGACUUGAAACCUUCGCUAUCGUGUUUCUUGAUCAAUUCUCUAUCGUUUGGUAUGUAUUUCGUUUCCCUAGGUCUAAAAAUGGCGCGUUGGGAGCGCCGGAAGUCGGCAAGGUCACAGUCGGCGGCAGAAAUUCGAAAAAUCAAAAUUUAAAUUUUUGAAAUCUGAUUGUAUUUUUGGAUUUGGGAGGUCCAUUUGCUCCCUAUAGAAGCUAAUAUUGCUGCAUAUUCCCAUUGAGGUGACAAGAAUUAGCAAAAUAGUGGUUCGGGCGCUUUUCAAAAAUAGUACCGGACGCUGUUCCUUUUGUGACGUCAUAGCUCCGUGACCUGACCUGACCCGGUCAAUUUUCUUGCACCACACGAUAGCCAAUGCUUGCCCCAACAUGCAUGGGAAGUUUCAUCAUGAUCCAUCAAACAAUGUGGGUAUCACCGGCAGAAAACCUAGGGAUUCGGCGCACACGUUUGGUAACUGUCGGCCGGAGGCUGUACCUCUUAUGACGUCAUAACUCCGUGACCUGACAUGACCCGAUCAAUUUUUUUCGGCAAAAGAUGCGCAAAGGUUGCCCCAGAGGGUAUUGAAAAUUUCAGCCCGCUACGACAAGCCGUUUAGCGUGCACUUCGAAAAAACCUCAGGGGGGGGGGUUGAUACAACCCCCCCCCCCUAGGCGUUCUAGGGUUAAUGCAAGCUAUUACAUUUGCAUUUAAUAAAGCGCACGCCAUCGCCCCAAUAAAAAUGUUGCUGCCAGAGAAGUUAAUCGUUGCCAAUAUAAAACCGCCACCAAUCCA